AUGUCGGACUUCUACGUUCGCUACUACACGGGGCACCAGGGUCGACACGGACACGAGUUUCUCGAGUUCGAAUACUCGCGUGGCCGUCUGCGCUAUGCCAACAACUCGAACUACCGCAACGACAGCCUCAUCCGCAAAGAGAUGUGGAUCUCGCCAACCAUGAUUGCUGAACUGCGGCGCAUCGUAGAGGAUAGCGAGAUCAUGCGCGAAGACGACGCCAAAUGGCCCAAGAAAAACUCGACCGGUCGCCAGGAACUCGAAGUGCGUCUGGGCAACGACCACAUUUCGUUCGAAACCGCCAAGAUCGGAUCGCUCGUCGAUGUGCAGGACAGCGAGGACCCAGAAGGCCUGCGUGUCAUGUACUACCUCGUCCAGGAUCUCAAGUGCCUCAUCUUCAGCCUCAUCUCGCUGCAUUUCAAGAUCAAGCCGAUAGCCUAG